AUGGCCCAAAAGGAGAUAUUCGCAUUGUUAGUCCUCAUGUUGGUAGUGCCAGCUCACUUCCAGGAAAGGUGCGACGGGAGCCUUUGCUACCCCAGCCUGGGUGAUCUUAUGGUAGGCCGUGCUGCCCAACUCUCCGUGUCAUCCACCUGCGGCCUCAAUGGACCUCAGAACUAUUGCAUCUUGGGAUACCUGGAGAAUGAACAGAAAUGCUUCACUUGCGACUCCAGAAGACCCUAUAACAGGUUCAACAACCCUUACAGCCACCAAAUCGAGAAUAUCAUCACCACGUUUGCACCAGAGCGUAAAAUGAGAUGGUGGCAGUCUGAAAAUGGUGUGCAACAAGUCAGCAUUCAACUGGACCUUGAGACAAUGUUUCAAUUUAGCCAUUUAGUGCUGACCUUCAAGAGUUUCCGGCCAGCUGCGAUGCUUGUGGAGCGGUCUAAAGACUUUGGCCACACCUGGAAGGUAUUUAGAUUCUUUUCUGCAGACUGUGUUAACGACUUCCCUGGGGUGUCAAAAGAGCCAGCAGCCACCAUCGAUGACCUCAUCUGUGAUAGCCGCUACUCUGGAGCUGAACCCUCUACUGACGGCGAGGUUGUGUUCAAAGCUCUGGACCCCAGCUUUCACAUUGACAAUCCGUAUAACCCAACUGUUAAAGAACUCAUUACCAUGACUAACCUGCGGGUGAACUUCACACGUCUGUUCACCCUGGGAGACAAUUUGCUGGGGCGACGCAGGAGGAACCCCCAGGAUAAAUACUACUAUGCCCUCUAUGAGAUGGUGGUCAGGGGCCGCUGUUUCUGCAAUGGCCAUGCCAGCCAGUGCAUGCCUGUUUAUAGUACCCGCGGGGAUAUCUUCACUGAGCCUGGCAUGGUACAUGGGCGAUGUGUAUGUCAACACAACACCAUGGGGGAUAACUGUGAGAAGUGCCAGGACCUUUACAAUGAUGCCCCCUGGAGGCCAGCUGGAACCACUAACCCACAUGUUUGCAAAAGGUGUAACUGUAAUGGACACUCAGAGCGGUGUCACUUUGACUUCGAGCGUUACAAGGCCACUGGGCAGGUCAGUGGUGGUGUGUGUGAUGACUGUAGAAACAACCGAAUGGGUCCGCAGUGUGAGCAGUGCCAGUUGUACCACUUCCGGGACCCUCAGCGCUCUUUAGAAGACCCUCACGCCUGUAUAUCUUGUACCUGUCACCAAGCAGGGUCUGUAGAUGGAGGGUUAUGUGACCCAGUGAGUGGUCGAUGUGUGUGCAAGCAGAACGUAGAGGGUGAACACUGUGACCAAUGCAAGUUCGGCUUCUACGGACUCAGCCAGGAUGACCCCAGAGGUUGUCGGAUGUGUAGGUGUAACCUCUUGGGCACUAUACGCACAUCCCCAUGUGACCAGACCACAGGCCAGUGUAUUUGUGAGCAUUUUGCCUAUGGACCAGAGUGCGACCAGUGUGUACCAGGAUACUGGGGUCUAGGAAAUACUGUUUUUGGCUGCUUACCUUGUGACUGUGACAUAGGAGGGGCCUUUAGUACCACGUGCUCCCCAUCAAGUGGACAGUGUCAGUGCAGAGCCAAUAUGGUGGGACGCAACUGUAGUGAUCCUGCACCUGGUCACUUUCUGGCCCCUCUCGACUUCUAUCUCUAUGAGGCUGAAAAUGCCGUCCCUCUGGACUCGAAGUGCUCAUCGUACCUGGUGAGACCUACUGCUCCGCCUUUACCACCCGCCUCUCUCACAUCUGAAAAUCCCCACCCACGUCCUUACUGCUCUCCAGGAACCACAGUUCAAGAACCUUCUCCACUUCCUUAUUCUAAACCUGAACCACCAGACAAGGAGAUUUAUGACCCUUAUUACAACCAGCCUUUGCCCACUCUGGUGUAUCCCACUUCUACAUUUGCGUACCUCCAUGGCCCAGCGAAACAUGUCACUCUUCCCACCUGCAAGCAUUACUUCAGAAGUAUAGGUUAUGACUUUGUGUUUAGUGAUGGGAGGUUUGUGGUGGUCAAAGGCAAGAAACGUCAGGCUCGAAGGCGAAGACAAAACCAGGGCACCAUUUCUCUACAGCCUGGUUUGGCACAUCAGGUUAUCGUGCGACCACAUAUCCCAAAUGUAUCCGUCACUUGGACUGGACCAGGAUUUGUACGAAUUCAAGAUGGAGCAGGGCUCAGAUUCACUAUCACAAAUAUCCCAUUAACCCUGACCUAUCAUCUUCUUGUUCGCUAUGAGCCAGAGUUCACAGAUGACUGGACAGCCACUGUAACAUUUGUACCUUUAGGAUCUUAUGAUGGAAAUUGUCCAAUUGAAUCAUCUGAGAAAACUCUUACACUUCCCAAGACUGGCAGGGCAGCCACUUUGGAUCCUGCAGUGUGUCUGAGCUCAGGAACCCGGUAUCAUGUAGAUAUCACAUUUGAGAAACAAGGCGAUCCUGACCCAUACUGCAGCUCACAUAUUCUGAUUGAUUCUAUAGGACUUGUUCCAAAGAUGGAGUCUCUUCUAAAUUUCUGCUCUUUGGAAGCCCUGGCCCAGUAUCAGCACUAUCGCUGUGUGGAGUUGGGUGUCCAGCCAGGAGCAGGCACCAUACCUGAGGUGUGUGAACGCCUGGUGGCCAGCAUGUCGGCCUAUAUUCAUAACGGUGCAAUACCUUGCAAAUGUAAUCCUACUGGGUCAUUCAGUUCAUCCUGCAGUAGAUUUGGAGGACAGUGUGACUGCAAACCCAGUGUGAUUGGCCGUUGCUGUGACACUUGUGCCCCUUUAACCUUUGGGUUUGGGCCAAAUGGCUGUUCAUCAUGUCAGUGUGAACCAUCAGGCUCCAGAGCCGCAUCCUGUGACUCCAGAACUGGCCAGUGCCCAUGUCGUAAUGAGGCGACUGGACGACGAUGUGACCGUUGCUUGCCCGGAUACUAUGGUUUUCCUAAUUGCAGGCGUUGUCAGUGCAAUGGGCUGGCUGACCUUUGUGACCCUAUUACUGGAGUCUGUCUGGAUUGCCGUGAGCAUUCAACUGGGCCCAGUUGUGAAAGGUGUGUGGAGGGCUACUUUGGUGACCCAGUCUCCAGGGAUCCCUGCAUGCCUUGCCGGUGUCCUGAUGUGAAGGGUAGUGAACGAUUCUUUGCCCACUCCUGCAGCAAGGAUCCGAAUUCUUUAACCCCGACCUGUGAAUGCAAAACUGGAUAUGAAGGCCUUUACUGUGAUGUUUGUGCCUCUGGUUACUAUGGUAACCUGCUGUUGCCAGGCACUAGGUGCAAGGAGUGCCACUGCAACAAUAACAUUGCCCCCGAUGAUGCAGAGGCAUGUGAUGCUCUGACUGGUGAAUGCCUCCGCUGCUUGUACAACACGCAGGGGACUCACUGCCAGACAUGCAGACCUGGUUACUAUGGCAAUGCACUGCUUCAGAAUUGCCAAGAGUGCUCUUGUGACCGAUGGGGUACAGAUGCAACUCAGUGCCCACUGGGCAGUCCCUGUUUCUGUGAUCAGGUGACUGGGCAGUGCCCGUGCCAUGUUGGCGUAGUGGGAGUCCUGUGUGAUAGGUGUACAGAUGGAUACUGGAAUAUGAAUGGAGAUUCAGGGUGUCAGCCCUGCAACUGUCACCCAGGACACUCUGUCAACAAUCUGUGUGACCAGAUCACAGGCCAGUGUCCCUGUGAGCCAGAAUAUGGUGGCAAAGAGUGUGGUGAAUGUGCAUCAAAUUACUUUGGAAACCCAGAUACUCUGUGCAUAUCUUGCGACUGUAACAUGCAGGGCUCCAUCUACCCAGGCUGUGACCCUUACACUGGCGAGUGUAUGUGUCAGCCAGGUGUGACUGGUGUUUUCUGUGACCAGUGUGCACCAGGGCAUGACCCAGCCUUCCCUGACUGCAAGCCCUGCCACCCCUGUUUCCUACUGUGGCAAGAAAUUAUUACUAGUGUUUCAAGGGCUACUGAAACAGCGCUCUCCCUGGUCCCUGCUCCUGGGGAGCUGCAGCCCAGCGACACAAGCCUGCUGGAGUGCAUGGAGGAACUGAAGACAAAGCUGGAGAACCUGGCUAGCCCACUGGGCCAUGGCAAGGAUGAGCUGGGCAGCAUACAGAUGUUUCUGAAUCAAAUCAGAAAUAUAAUAGAAACUGUAGAUCCAUACAUAAUUAUCAUUGACUCAACUCAGUUGCUGGACACUGACAUUAAUAACAUCCAUCAAGAAUUCACAAGGCUCCUAGACGAACUGCAGUGUAAAUUUAAAGAAGCCCCCAAAACAGAUAUAAAGGCACUGAAUGACACCCUGGAGAAAAUCCGAAAGUUCCAUGCUACCUUCAUGAAAGAUGAAGAGCGGGUGAAGAAGGCUACAGAUGUUAUAUGGGUCUCCACGCAGACCCGGCAGGGCACUAAACGUGAUUUGACCAAAUGCCUGCAGACACCAUUGGAUGCCCUGGAGAAGAAGGUCAAGGCUCUCAGUGUGGCCAGACUCAAUGAGAAGAUCUGUGGAGCGCCAGGUAAAGAAGAGUGUGAGAAAGCCAAGUGUGGUGGUGCCCUGUGUGGGAAGUGCGGUGGACCAUCAUGCACUGGAGCCCUUCCUGUUAGCCGCGCUACCACAGAAAUAGCUCAGAAGACUGAAGCUGGCAUUCUCGACCUGCUCCGUAACAUCACAGAGGCAGACACAAAGAUCAAAGAAGUUAAGAUGAUAAAUGAAGAUAUCAAAGACAAGGCACAGAACAUGAAGAAUAAAAUCAACAACACUAUGAACAAAUUUGAGAAGGACAAGAAUAACAUUAAAAACUUAAUAAAGCGUGUCAGAGAAUAUCUGAGAGAAGAGACAAUGGAACAGGAAGACAUAGACACGGUAGCAUCUGCUGUGCUAGCUAUACAACUGCCCAGCUCUCCAGAUGGGAUCAGAAAGAUGAUUCAGGAUAUCCAGAUAAUGCUAUCCAAUUUUACACACUUUAAGGAGGAUGUGAAGUACUUGGAAGAGCAAACCAAAUUAGCCAAAGACAUAAAACAUACAGCAGAUGAAAUCCUGAACAGAACUAAUGAGUUUGAUGUCAGUGAAAUACAAAAGACCCUCAAAAAUACUGUCAGGCUCCAUGACAAGAUAAAGCAGGACCUGAAUGAGACAGAAAACAACACAAACGUUAUAGCUGAAAAACUUGACCAGAGCAUAGCAAAGAUAAACAAUGUCGAAGAUGAGCUCAACACAACUCAUGCCAAAAUGCUACUGCAGAAAAUUGAGGCUUUGAAGAAUAAAACUGAACUGAAUCGAGCUCAGGCAUUGGCAGCAAAUACUGAUGCUGGCGCCGCAUUAGGUAACGCCACAGGUGCUAGUAAGGAUCUCGAAGAAGUAGCAGAACAAUUUAAAAAACUGACUGACAAGAACACCACCAAGAGUGCUAACGACGAAGCUAAUGAGCGCCUGAAGAACAUAAAGAUGGAGGCAGAAAAUAUGGCAAAAGAUGUUGAGAAUAAAAUCAGUCAGAUUGAGGAAUUGGAGAAAAGGAUUCGGGACACAGCCGAAAGUAAGGAGAAUAAAAUGAGAGAUUUGGAUGAGCUCCGGGUACAGGCAGAGGAAUUAUGGAAUUACAUUGCUCAAAAAGUGGAGAACUACUUCCUGUGCACCAACUAG